AUGUCGGAUCAAAACCUCCAUUUUGAGACCCUGCAAUUGCACGCUGGUCACGAACCAGACCCAGCAACAAAUUCCCGCGCCGUACCCAUCUACGCAACAUCCUCAUACACAUUCAACUCCUCCGCUCACGGCGCCCGACUCUUCGGUCUAAAGGAAUUCGGCAACAUCUACAGCCGAAUAAUGAACCCGACAGUCGACGUAUUCGAAAAGCGCAUCGCAACACUAGAAGGCGGGAUUGCCGCAGUCGCCGCAUCCUCAGGACAAUCAGCCCAAUUCAUGGCUAUAUCCGCACUUGCACAUGCAGGCGAUAAUAUCGUUUCGACGACUAACCUCUACGGUGGGACGUAUAACCAGUUCAAGGUUAUGCUUCCACGGUUAGGUAUUACUACGAAAUUUGUUUCUGGGGAUAGCCCGGAUGAUAUUGCGAAUGCUAUUGAUGAUAAGACGAAGGCGGUUUAUGUGGAGACUAUUGGAAAUCCGAGGUAUAAUGUACCUGAUUUUGAGGCUAUUGCGAAAGUUGCUCAUGAGAAGGGUGUUCCUUUGGUGGUUGAUAAUACCUUCGGAGCAGGUGGCUACUACGCCCGUCCCAUAGACCACGGCGCCGACAUAGUGGUGCACAGCGCAACCAAAUGGAUUGGCGGACACGGUACCACAAUCGGAGGAGUAGUAGUUGACAGUGGGAAAUUCGACUGGGGAAAGCACAGUGCUCGAUUCCCUCAAUUUGUCGAGCCAUCAGAAGGGUAUCACGGAUUGAAAUUCUGGGAAACUUUUGGACCACUCGCAUUCGCCAUUCGUGUUCGAGUUGAGAUUCUCCGGGACCUUGGAUCUGCCCUUAACCCAUUUGCAGCUCAGCAGCUCAUUCUGGGUAUUGAGACGCUGAGUUUGCGCUGUGAGCGACACGCAGAGAAUGCACUAAAACUGGCAAAGUGGUUACAAGGGAAUGAGAAUGUGAGCUGGGUUUCGUAUCCAGGUUUAGAGGAGCAUCCUUCUCAUGCUACGGCGAAGAAGUAUUUGCCUCGUGGGUUUGGGGGUGUCUUAUCGGUUGGUAUUAAGGGUGGUGCUGAAGCAGGGAGUCGGGUUGUUGAUGGGUUCAAGCUGAUCUCGAAUCUUGCGAAUGUUGGUGAUUCCAAGACUCUGGCGAUUCAUCCUUGGUCUACUACUCAUGAACAAUUGACCGAUCAGGAACGCCUCGAUUCUGGUGUUACCGAGGAUGCGAUUCGGAUUUCUGUUGGCACAGAGCAUAUUGAUGAUAUUAUUGCCGAUUUUGAGCAAUCCUUCCGGGCGUCUAAGGAAUUGCGUGAUCGUACUGCUUGA